AUGAUUACUACAAGACUAGUGAUAGCUAUCUCGGUGAUAUGUCUUGGGUCCUUGCAAUUUGGCUAUCAUAUGGCUGAAUUGAAUUCUCCAGAAGCCAUUUUAUCAUGUCGCUUAUCGAAACCUAAAUUAGGAGUUCCUUAUUCUGAAUCAUGGUUUGGUCGUAAAGGAUUCGCUGAAUGUAUUCCUAUGGAACCUAAUCAAGUUGGACUUGUGACUUCUAUUUUCAGUGUAGGGGGUUUAAUUGGACUGACAUAUGUUGGAAGAUUUGCGGAUGAUUUUGGAAGGAAAAGAACCAGUAUCAUUGCUAGUGUAAUCUAUAUAAUUGGUGGAUUAUUCAAUACGUUUGCAAAUCUGUAUCUGGCUUUAUUACUUGGUAGAUUCAUUGUUGGUUUCGGUGCUGGUGGAGCGCUAGUUAUUACUCCUAUGUUCAUAAACGAAAUUGCUCCUAAUGAUUAUAAGGGAUUCUUUGGAGCCAUGAAUCAAGUUUCAAUUAAUAUUGGUAUUUUGAUCACUCAAACGUUGGCAUUGAAAUGGAGUAAUAAUAACGAUUGGAGAUUACUUUUAGGCUCAGCAGCAGUGAUCGCAGCCAUUAAUUUGGCUUUCACUGCAUUUUAUGUGGAAGAGUCUCCUGUUUGGUUGGCGAAUAAGGGCUUCACUGGUGAAGCCAUUAAGAACUUGCAUUUCCUUAGAGGUGGAGAUUAUAAUGAUGCCAGAGAUGAAAUAAAUUCAUGGGUUGUUCGUCAUCCUUCUUCACUGGGUACGCAAACUUCAUAUUCAGAUGGAGUAGAGUCUGAUGAGUUAUUAAAUUCAAUGGGUGAAAAUGGUGAUCCAAUUCCGACAUCUAUUAAUAGAGGCACUGUCGAUUUAAGUACUUAUUUGAAAUCUCCAGAGUACAAGAAUUCAAGAAUAGUUGCAACCGGGAUCUUGAUUCUUCAGCAACUUUGUGGUAUCAAUUCUAUUAUUUUUUAUGGUGUUUCAGUAUUGGUUUCAAUCUUCCCUAAUUAUGCUGUUGUCAUUAAUUUUUUGAUUUCGAUUGUUAAUGUGGUGGUUACAUUCAUAUCUGGUACAUUAUUAGAUAAAUUGGGAAGAAAACCUUUACUUAUGGCAUCUGUAUCCAUUAUGGGUAUUUCCACAGUGUUCAUUGGAAUAGGUAUAAUCUAUACAAGUGCCUUUUUAUCUAUUGUUGGAAUAUUCACUUACAUUAUUUUCUUUGCUAUUGGGUUGGGUCCAAUUCCCUUCCUAAUUGUUGGUGAGGUAACGCAACCUCGAGCAAAAGCAUCUGCCCAAAGUUGGGGAACUGCUAUGAAUUGGUGUGCUACAUUUGUUGUUGGUUAUUCAUUCCCAGUAUUAAAGAAUUCACCACUUGGAGGUGCGGUAUACUUUAUCUUCACUGGUGUAUGUUUAUUCACAUACUUUUUUGUGGAUAAAUAUAUUCCAGAGACGAAGAACACUAAGAGCUAUGAAGAAGUUUGGGGUUCAAUAUAG